CUUCUGUCCAGGAACAAAGCUCUCUCCCCCAACACCCGGUACGCUUUGACGGGCGUCGUGAUGAGGUUGAAAAGAUUACUCAAGCGUUCCUGAAGGGUGAUCAGCUAGUCACCGUUCAAGCAUCUCCUGGGCAAGGGAAGACAACCCUAGCUACGGUUAUUGGUCACACAUUUGUAUCAACAUUUGGAAUCCGCUCCGUUAUGGCGGACAUGGGCAAUGUUUCCACUGAAUUAGAUAUUGUUUCAUCAUUGUUAUUGGCUUUAAAAUCAGAUGCAGAUUUAGAUUCAGGGGAGUCUAACCAAGGGAAACUUCUCACAAAAGCUUGCCUGGAAAUAACACAAUUUGGCAAGAAGAUAUUGAUAAUUCUAGACAGUUGUGAGUUCGCUCUGGGUGGAAAUACACGUGGUUUUUUCAAGGGUUUGCUGCACAAGUUGAACACAAACUGCAGAAAUGCGUAUGUAUUAUGCACGUCACGUAACACUAUUUUCUUGCCAAACACGGAGACCCAUUGCCACCAACUCGAACCAUUGUCUGAAUCAGCUUCAAUUACCUUGCUCCAAUGGUAUUCCCCUACCCUGGACCGCGAAGAAGGGAAAAUUAUUGGUACGAAAUGCGGAUUUAUGGCGCUAUUGCUUCAUAUUUUGGGGUACCUUCUUGAAAAGGGGUGCAAGACCACCGAUUUAGUUAAAGAACUUGAGUGUAGCAAAGACAUUUUUGAAAAGGUACCUGAAAUGAGAGAUGUUUAUGCUUGCGUCAACUUAACAUAUAAGCGGUUAUGCUCCAAAGAACAGACUUCGUAUCAACUUCUGUCAAUAUUUCCGACUACUUUCACGGCUGAUGAUGCAUUUGCCUUGAUAAGCAAAGAGUUCCGAGACAUCACACCACUAGAGACCCAUGGAAUACUCCGGUCUCUGUGUAGCACCUCGAUGAUUGCAUAUGAUAAUGCGAGAGAAGUAUAUGUGAUGCACAGCGUAAUCAAGGACUUUGCUCAAAAAGAAAUACUAUCGGGAAACAAGGAGAGAUUCAAUCUACAUUUUAUGAAUUUCAUGGAACCUUACUUAGACGGCAUGAUUAGUAUGAAAGGGUUAAACUAUUUUGAAAAAGAAAGAGAACGGCUUACUAAAUGUGUUAAUAUUUUCAAUACCCUCCCAUCUUCCUCAAAGCAGAAGCUCUACAGCAAAAUAAAGGAGCUUGCAGUGUGUCUCUCUGACCUACACAGGUAUGAGCACGCAACUCUUUGCUUUAAUGCCCUGUUGGGACCCCCCAAUAAAGCUGAGGAAGUGGUUAACAGUGCAGAGCUUGCUUUUGUAUACAGUAAGAUGGGUAUUUUGCAUUUGCGUGCCGGAGAUAUUCCAGCUGCCACCGAAAACCUGACAAAAGCAAUUGAGGUAUAUGAAUCACUUUCUGGUGAAUUCAGUCACGUGGAAUAUCUAACCAGUGUCUUUAAUUUGUGGGUUAUAUAUAUGAGCAAUAAAAAUAAUUCAGAAUCAUCCAUGUUGCUCAUGAAGUGUAUAGAAAAAGCUCAAAACAACGAUUUCUUACGAUCAUUUGUCACACUGCUGAUGCCCAAGCCUGAAGAAAGGGUUCAAGAUAUGGAUUCUGUUGUGGGAUGGUGUAUGGAUUCGUAUAUAAAGAGUGUUAUGCCCUCAACUGAUUCAAAUGAAUCGCUUCACGAGUGCAUGCAGAGUGGCACUUCUGAUGCACAGAUUGAGCCAAUGUUUGAAACAUUGAACAAUAUAUUUGUUAGGGAUUUUACUUUAGAAGAAAUAAAAUUAUUAAAGUUGAAUAUUUUGAAAAGAGCAUCUGCUGUACCAAAGAAAAUGGGGGGAAUGGGAGGGGAAAAUGUGAAACCCGGAAACGUAAACCUGUCUGAGAUAGGUGAUACCGUCACAAAAAUGAUACAAAAAGGAGAAGUUAAGAAGAUAUCAGAGGCAGUAGGUCCCAAUAGUUCCCUUAGAAUCAGAGAUGAAGAAUGCCCGAUAAGUGGCAAUAACAGUGAGCUGGAUACAUCAGAGAGGGCAUUUGUAGAAAGUGUACUGACGAUGACGGUAUUACGACAGCUAGCUGUUGCUAUGUCAGCACAAGGCCACCAUGUAGACGCCCUCCGCAUGUACCAAAGCGUUCUUCAAAUAGAUGAAGAAAUCUUCGGUGAAAGUCCUAGGACAGCCAGAACACAACAAUGCAUAGGCAAUCAAUUCUUAAUCUUGGGUGAUACAGCGGGUGCAAUUGAUAUGUUCCGAAGAGCAGUGUCUGUUGUUGAGAAGACACUAGGAGAAAACCACGAGGAGUCGGCAAUCUCAAACCAAUUGCUGGCGCACGCAUUGGCAGCACAGGGAAACCACGCAGAUGCCCUCGGUGUAUUACAGAGAACUCUUCACAUUAAUGAGCAAGUGUUUGGGGAUAGUGUCCAUACAGCCGUUACACUACACUACAUGGGACAGGAAAAGUUAUAUCUAGGUGAUAAAGACGGUGCAGUUGAUAUUCUCAUAAAAGCUAUAGAUAUGUUGGAAAAAACACUGGGAGCAACCCAUGAGGAUACAGCAGAAACGAUCAGUACGCUAGGUUGUGCCUUUUCAGCACAGGGAAAUCAUGCAGAUGCUCUGAAAACAUACCAGAGAGCACUUUGUAUUCUUGAAGAAGUGACCGGUGAAGGUCCCAUUACGGCUUCAACUCUAGUCCUCAUAGGCAAGGAAAUGUUAGCACUGGGCGAUGCAGACGAUGCAGCCAAAACUCUCAAAGAAGCUGUGGAAAUGAGGGAGAAGACACUGGGAGAAAUUCACGAAGACACAGCAUGCUCGAUGCACGAGCUGGCCUGUGCCAUGUCAGAACAGGGGAACCACGAAGCUGCUGUCAGUACGUUUCAGAAGGCGGUUCGUAUAUAUGAACAAGUGCUGGGUGAAAGUGCUAAUACAGCUACAACAUUGUGCGCCCUUGGCCACGAAUUAAAGCACAUAGGCAACAUUAAGGAGAGCCUUGCCAUCCAGCAACAAGCUCUGGACAUACGUCUCCAUCUACUGAAUGACCAUGAAGAUACCCUGAUGAGCCUUGAAACAGUUGCUGGUCUCCUGGACCUAAAUCAGAAGCCCUCAGAGAGUGCAGAGAUUAAGAACAAAGCCAGCAGCAUGAAGGAAAGACUCUUAACCGCGGAUUAAAUCCAGGCAACCCAUAUAAAGGUAAAACCGAGAAGAAAAUCCUGAUUCAACAAAAAAGAGAAAUUUUGAUCUUGAUUAGCACUUUAGAUACAGUGUUUUACGUGUAAAUAAUAUUACAGAACUAUACCAGGUGAGGAGCAAAGUGAUUUAUGCAGUGAUAUGUGUGAUCUGAAGAUAAGGAACUUAAAGGGAACAUAAUAUGAAAUGACUUCCGAAGAAGAACGCAAGGCAGACGGUGAAAUUAGACUUUACUGAUAUUAUUACCGCCAGUGUGUGCGGUAUGUUCUAGAUUAAAGACAAAACAGCGUCCAGUGCACAUUCCACGUCCAAUAUACGGGGUAGGGGGGUAGGUUUCCAUCGUCAUACAUAGUUCAUAUUUUAUUGUAGUUGCCUGUAUAUAUUUAAAACACAAAAAAGAAUUGCAUGUAUUGAAAAAGGAGGAAUUGGAAACAGUGUGUAAAUAAUGUAAGAGAAUAUGAUAUCCCCAAAACGGUUGAAUAUUUUGUAUUAGAAAUGACAAAUAAACCAGGGGAAGACACACAGUGGGUUAUUAUCAUUGUAUAAUGAGCAAAAUAUGUUAUCUGUCACAUUCUUUUAAGUCCAAAACGCGUGAGCCCUUAAAAUGCGUUUUACUAUAUUUAUUUAAAUAUGUGUAUAUAUGUUCAAGUAUUUGUGUAUAGACAUGUAUGAAUAGUGCUAAACUUAGUUGAUAGAGAAAUUCAAUGGACGCCCAGGUGUGAGGGAAAUAAGAUGAUGCAUAGAACAGUUCUUUACUGUACAGAGAAGCAUCAGAAGCAGUCGCUAGUAUUUUAGGUUGCCUUAGGACUUUAUACAUAGUAUAGAAUGCAAACUACACAUGGAUACCAGAUAAUAUCAUAUUAUUGUACGCGUAUAUGUGUUACAUGAAUGUACCGUUUGUGGACAUUCUAUAGUCCACCCACUCCCUUAGGAGCAUAGGACAGGAGAAUGACUUCGCCUGCGUGAACGGAUAUGGACUGGGAACUUGUUUUAUUCAACUUCAGAGUGUUUAAAUAUUAUGUUUUUAGUAGUUACUAUCAAAAAGGAUUGUUAAUUUGUAAAAGACCAUCGGUUACAUUAUUGUGAAUCCACUGGCGUGAGAAUUGGUUCAGGAAAGAUUAGAACAGGUCUGUAUAUGCAGGUACUUGACCAGAGACUGAUUGUGCACCAGUGUAUAAUUACUAGUUUUGUAAGGACACUAAUUAUGAAGUGAUAUUGGUAUGACGGUAAAAAGUAAAACGUUGAUACAAAUGGUUUAAUACUUGUGUAAAUGGUGUUUUGAUUGGUCUUGAAAGGCCAUGUUAAAACUGUACAGUAGUAAAUGAAGCAGAGCUACCAUUCCAUGAUACUUUUAUCCAAGUGACAAA